ACGGGAAAAUAAUAGCAAAGUUAAUUACACAUAAAUACACAAUUGACUAUUGUUUUUGGUAAAUACUAAGCUAAAUAUUAUUAUUAUUACUGUAUUUAUUGCCUAUAGAGCACAAAAAUCAAUAUUACAAUUUAUAAGUCGUCUCAAAAGUAGCAAGUGUCCCCUUCUGGUGUUGGUGUCUACCGUUGAGCUACAUWACUGUCUGUGAUUCUUUGUUUACAUUUGUUGAUUUAACCAGACAUCAAAUCCUUUAAUAAUGGUUUGUGUUCCGUGUGUGCUUGUGCCAUUGUUACUCUUCUUAUGGGGUAUUAUUAAGCCCAUGUUAAACUGGUUCAGGAGACCAGUAGAAAAUUCUGAAGACCAAAAUAACGCUGACAAUGAUCAAGUCUGUUCAUUACUAUCAUCCUGCCCGUGCAUUAAUAAAAACAUUAAAUCACCGGUGGAUCAAGCAGACAUCAAGGCUUCCAAGAAUGAAAAAUUUACUGAAGAAUCACUUGAGACAUCUGAUACCAACAAAAAAGACCUUUAAAUGCACUAUUACAUUAAUUAUAAACAUUUUAAAAUUAAUUAUAUGAUAGYUGUAAUUGAUUGUUGAUGGUUCUAUWAGUUUUUUUAAUCAUUCUUAUUUAAGAGUUAUUAUUAUUUGUUUGURUUUAAUACAAUGUUAUAUUCUAUAUUUUAAUGUCUUAUUUUUGUUUCUGAGUUAUAGAUGCAACAAACUGUUUUAAGUUAAAAUCAACAAAUUUUACUAAAAAUUGUAUUUUUGAUUAGUUACUAUUUUAAAUAUAAUUUGGUAUUGUGCUUAUCAGUUUACUUUUACAGAAGAUUAUUUUAYCUGAAUAGAUGAAUAAUUUUACCCUGGGUUAUAUUAUAUUAUUUGUGAUAAUAAAUAAUCAAUGUAUAUUAGUAAUUACAUUCAAGAACAUUUCAUAUUUUUAAAAUAUUCAAUGCUCGAUUAAAAUUCAAAAUUGAAAUUGAUGUAAAAAUAGGAGUUUUAAUUCUUUAUGUUUAUAUUGUUUAGUUGUGUACAUGUUGGAAAAUAUAUUGAUAACUAAACUGAUAUUUCUCCACUUGUAUUUAACAUGUCUUUAACAUUUUAUUGUUUAAUAGCAAUGUAAUUAAAAUUACAAAUUGUUUAAUUUUAAGCCAUUGACAUUCUUAAAGACU